AGUGAACAGCGCAGAAAACAAGAAAAGAUAUUGGAAGAAAGGCUCGAACAGAUUAACAAGCUUGAAGCGACAGUUAAAUCUGUGUCUGCUGAGGUCAUCAAGGUAUGCCACACACUAUUUCUUCACUGUUAUUAUGAUGAACAGUUUUUCUUCAUCGCUGAUCGAUUUUGUAACAAAUUUAAGAUUAGGCCUGAAACCGAUAAUUAUUGGGUUUGUUUAAGCUCCAGUAAAGGCUUCGCUCAACAUUACCCUUAAAAAAUGUCCAGGCUGUCCUAAUGGAGUUUUCAGUUUUCGGUUUUUUGGGCAAUUUUCGAAAAAGGGACAACUCAUACUUGGAUAUUUUUGCUUCCAGGAAUGGUGCGCAAUGUAUGUUGGAAUUUCGGGAUAACCUAAUUAGAUUUUACAACUUUACUUUGAUUUUGGUUGUUAUAAACGUGUCAAAAUUCCCUCAUGUUGUUAAGAUACCCUUUUAUUUUUCUUACUCUUCAGGGAAACGAAAUAAUCCACAGGCUUCAGUCUGAGCUGCGAACCAGCAAAUCAAAGGUAAAAUAUUCCUUCUCUUGUAAGAGUUAUAUAAGACUCCCUCAGAUUAGCAGCAAAAUAGUUUCCAACAUGAGCUUCAAGUAGCUACGAUCAUACCGUUAAGAAAAAACAUCACUAAAACAAGUGGCCUUCCUUUGAAUAACUUGUCUUAUUCGGCUACUAUUAAAUGCCCGGGUUGUGAAUUGGUUGGAAUGGUUAAGGGUGGUACGCAAGAAAAGUUGGAGCGAGUUUGUGCCACCCCACCCAAUUAUAAGCAAAUCUGUUAAAGAAGGCAGCGCAGCGAUCUUCACUGUGUCACUCGUUUUGCACAAGAUAAAACUUGAUCUUUUCAUUUUGUUGCAGAUGAAACUAAAAAAUGUUGUCACCACAAAACAAGAAAAGCUUCUGCUUGAAAAGGUAACUUGUUUUGGUGAAGGGAAUUCUUCAAGCCUGAAAAUAGGCCCAAGUGGAGUUUAUAGCGAGUGUACUUCUUACGACUAUGGUAUCCUUGUUGUUUAGGAAACAGCCCUUGAAAAAUGUCAGCAGGAAAAUACCAGCUUACAAACCACUGUGAAAAGUAAAGAGGAGGAGGUAUUAAACGUUUACUUUAAUAUUAUUUCACAAGAUGCUAAUGAAGUAGAAGUUUAUAUAUAAGAAACUGUUUAAAUGCAGCAACAACUUAUUACGAGGGUUCUUACGAAAAGACGAAUAAAGUAACUCCAACAACGCCCAAAAAUCAAUGGAUUCACAAAGCAAAACAACUCCGUGUUCAUCACUCUUUUGACACGCUUCUUCUUCGCCGUCUUUGGCAUAACUACUGCGUGAAAUAUCCCAAACGUUAACACACGGACUACUUUCUUCUCUUCCUGAACGUGAAUGCGCAGCGAUAACUAUAAUUCCUUGGUGCCGUUUUCGUUGCCUUCGUUGUCUUAGUAAGCUAAUCUUCCAACUCAGCCGUUUAUUUCUUUGCACUGUCUUCUGAAUCGUUUUUCAUUUUGGUGACUUUAAAAAUGUUGAUUUUAACUGCAAAUUUAGGUUAAGAAGCUAACAGAGUCACUUGAAACGACAACAGGGAAACUUGAAGAAAGCAAGCAGCUUUUGAAAACCAAUGAAAAUGGUGAGAAGAACAAAAAUUAAAAGAAACUCAGGUACCACAGGGUAAAAGUAGAACAAAGAUAAGCUACUCAGAAUGGUGCUGUUUUACGCGUCACGUUUCAGCAGAGACCAAUCGAAUUUAGAAACGAGACUGGAGCAGAAAUGCGUCCUGCAAUUGUUUCUGGGAUAGUUACUGGUGACGCGCCGAGCAGCCAUCGGCCAAUUUUUUUUCCUGUCGCUAGUAAAUGUCCCAGAAGUCUUUGCGAACUUAGCUUGGCUUAGUUUCCUUCUGGUUUCUUGAAGUGGCGAAUUGACGCUUACGACUGACGUGUCUAUGUAAUAGAACUUAUAGAAGUACUGAUGUAUACACUAUGCUUGGCAUGCGCAUUAGGUUGUUCGAUAGAAAAGGGAAUCGCAGGACCUCAAGAUAAGUUAGUUAGCGGUUAAUUUAAAAGGUGAGGGUGCAAUUUGAGAUUGAUUACAAAAUCACGAUUCCAAUUUAAUCUAAAGAGUUAAACUCUACGAAAGGGACGUUCAAAUUCAACUAAAUGUGUCAACUUCGGAAAUCCGAAAGCCGUCCGACACGCCAUCUUCGGAAAUUUUCGGCAGUUUUUGGAUCGAUUUCGGACGUUUUUGGAUCGCUGACACUUGGGGGACUCUCUUUCGAAGUCAUAGACGGAAAUCGCUGUUGAAUUUUAUUUUACGGUCAACCGCCCCGCAAAUCCCCUCUGAAGGUUAAUCUCAACACAUUCUUGUUAUUUUUAGGUAACAGUUAUCAGACUAGUCUGUUUUAUUACAGUUAUUAACUGGCUGAACAAGCAAAUGAAUGAUCAGAUGAUGUCCCAGCAACGACUUGGACCUUUUGAAAUGAAUACAAAGACCGUGUCUACUCGGAGACCUCCUUUGGCUCCAUAUAAUAAGGUAACCUCUGCUUCGCUUGUGCUUUAUACGAGCCCCGCACAAUUUAGAGCUAUUGUGACUUACUGGUUGAUGUAACUGGUUUCAGGUUCCAAGCUCUACUGCUGGAUCUAGUUCCACUGCAAACAGAACAGACAUUCCUCGUUUUACUGAACCAACUCAGGUAAUGUAUGAACCGGUAGGGUCUGUAUUCACUAAGCGACAUGUCACUACAACACUUGGCGGUGACAAACCACUCCGUGUGUACAGGUCGGGCGAUAGGUUGCUACAACAAAUCGCUUCGUGUCUACUGGAGAAUUUUUGUGAAAAUCUUUGUCUACACAGCAGAAUUUUGUCGCCGUAACAAGUUGCACGAAUUCAAGCUGAUUUCAUUUUGUGCGACUCGUUGCGGCGACAAAACUCUGUUGCGGAGACAAAGAUUUUCGCAAAAAUUUUCCAGCACACACGAAGCGAUUUGUCGCUGCAACUUGUCGCCGUGACGUGUUGCUGCAACGUGUUACCUAGUGUGUUCCUCGUGCCUUAAGUAUCAUACCGGAUUGACUAUCACCUGUCCCAAAUCGUAUAAAGAGGGGUAGAAUGGACACAGUCAAAUGGACAGGCACUCCUCUCAACUCCCGAUAUUUUCCAAAACCAAGAUGGCUCCUUGAAGAAGGUUUUUAAAAAUAAAGUUGCGGCCCUCGAAAUACACCCGCGGCACUUGAGACUAUGAUUUUAACUUUUUGCCAAUCUGUUUUGUUACCAAUUCACUCUGCUUCCCUUUUGGGCCAAUUCGCGUAGGGGUUGUUAAUAGUGUGCCGUUUUUACUUGUAUGAAUGUUCCACCAGUCUUGUUCAUUUUGAAGAUUUCUUUUUUUUGAUUUGUCAGCCACAUCACUAUUUAAGAUUGGUUGCCUUGGCUUUUAAAGUGAUCUCUUAAGUGAUACAAAUGUAAACAAAUGUUUACUUGACUUAACAGGUUUCAUACAGCAAGCCAGGACCCCGCCCAGGCCUGCUACCCCAUCCAGUAGGGCAGUCAACCCCUAAUAUACCAUCAGGAGCCCUCUCAACAGGGGGUGUCACCCCUCUCAGCCGUCCUCUUACCAUAACCGGAAGUAGCAGCAUUACAAACAGCAGUGAGCCCAUACUUGACGCUAAAUACUUCCAUCCCACCGGAAGUGGAGCCAACUCUCAGAAGCCUCGAACCGAGCCGCCACUUAUGUCUGCUUAUUUCCCUCAACCGCGUGGUGCAUUACCUACCACGUGA